CUUUGGUGCAAGUUGUAAUUCCGGUACUAACAUAAGUUCCGGUUUUCUCUGUUUUCAGGUGGCGUUUUCACUGCAAUGGGAAUACGUAAUCCUUGAAUACGUUGAGGUGUAAUUCGUUUAUAUAUGUUUAUAAAUCAGUUAGAAGGAAGGCUGCGUGUUUUAUAGCAGGUGAAGUUUCGGAAGGUCGCCCCAACAAUGACAAUAAUGAAACCACCACACCGACCGCGUUGUUUCUUUGACGUAGAAGUGGGUGGUUUACCCAUGGGACGAAUUGUAUUCGAGUUAUUCUCAGAUUUGUGCCCAUUAACGUGCGAGAAUUUCCGUGCACUAUGUACUGGAGAAAAGGGCUUGGGUAAAACUACAGGUAAACCACUACAUUACAAGGGAAUCAUCUUCCAUCGCGUUGUGCGCGAUUUCAUGAUACAAGGAGGUGACUUCUCCGUUGGGAAUGGAACUGGUGGGGAAUCAAUCUAUGGUGGGACAUUUGCAGAUGAAAAUUUUGAACUCAAACAUGAGAAACCAUUCCUUUUGUCAAUGGCAAAUCGAGGAAAAGACACUAAUGGAUCUCAAUUUUUUGUUUGUGGUUCAGCUUGAGGUAUGGUGCCACUGCCAGCCAGGUCGUGACGGCACGCUCGCUCUAAUCAUGUUUUGUUCUUGUAGUACGACGCAGCCAGCCCCCCACUUGGAUGGAGUGCACGUGGUGUUCGGGCAUGUGCUGUCAGGGCAGGAGGUGGUGUCGCACGUCGAGGGCCUCCCAGUCGAUCGGAUGUGUCGACCCUUGCAAGAUGCCAAGGUCAUCAACUGUGGAGAAUUGGUGCUUAAGAUGAAGACUAAAGACAAGAAAGUGAAGAAGCCAGUUAGUAGCAGUGGCAGUGACAGCUCCUCUGCAGAUUCAGACUCUGACUCUGCGUCUCAUACCAAGAAAAAGAAGAAGAAACAUAAGAAGAGAAAGAAACGACAAAAGAAAGAUAAAUCUUGCAGUAAAAAGAGCGGAGGUGGCUCAGGACAAGUCGAGUCGGAAGCAGAGGAAGGAGAGGUCGCUGAUGAUGGUGAGCUCCACCCUCUGGCCACAGUAACAAAUAUAAACCCCGAUGAAAUUCCAGACGUACCCCCUAACCGCUUCUUGUAUAGAGGUGAACGUAAAACAUCUGUAACCAGUCGUUCUAAAAUGGAACGUGAUCCUAGGGAACAUGAACGACAACGCCGGAGUCGAAUAAGGGGAAUCACCAAGAGCGGCCGUGUUAUUAAAGGCCGUGGAGUGUUUCGCUACCGCACACCUUCACGCAGCCGCUCCCGCAGUGCCACCCCUCCACACUGGAAGCAAGCACAGAACCGAACCAUCAAACUCAGUGAAUAUGAAAAACUGGAACGUGAACGUAAGAAGAGAGAAGAGGAGAUAAAGCGGCGAGAGGAGGAAAGAAAGAAAAGACACAUGGAAAAGGAUCAACAGAGAUUAGAUAUAGAAGCAAAGAAGGUACAUAGAGAACAUGGCAAGGAGAGAGAAAAGAGACCAGAAGAUGGUGACGUAGAGACUCCAGAACAACUUGAGAAGGUCCCUGAAGAGGAAGAGGCAGAAGAUGUUGAAGAUGUUGAUGAGAAAGGACCGGUAGACUACAAUGCCCUAGAUUAUGAAACAAUGGAUGGAGCUGGUUCUGACAAGGAUGAAGAUAGGUUUGGCAAAAAUGGCACUACUGCUGCCGUUACUGAGAAGCCAGAGUCUGAAAUUGUACCAACGGGAAAUGGCACUGCUGAAGAAGAAUUUGUAACUGACGUCAUAGCGAAGGAGAAAGUCCAAGAACCAGUGGCAAAACCCAAGAAAUUGGAAGAACAUAGUGAAGACAAGGUGAAGAGAAAGGAGGAUGAGAAGAAGAUGGAACCAAGUGAGUCUGUGCAGAAGAUUCAGGUGUCUUCAGAGCAUAUGGAUGUCGCAAGAAGCAGAAGUUCAAAAUCAGAAGAAUAUCGGCAAAACAGUCGAUCAAAGUCGGCUGACAGAAGUAAGUCGAGGAGACGACGUGACACUAGGGAUAAGGACAGGCGACGACGAUCCAGGUCGCGGGAUAACAAAAACAAGAGGAGGUCAAGGUCAGGUGACAGGAGCUCUCAAGUGAAGAAGAGGUCUUCAUCACAAGGAAGGAGGUCACGGAGGUCUGCUUCUGAGGACAAGAGUAGGAAAAGAAGCAAGGGAGGAGAAAAAGAUUUGAAACAUCAAAAAGAAGGAGGUGUAGAAGAAGCAAAGUCAAGUAAGAAGGUAGCUGAAAAGGGAAGAACAAAGAGUGAGAAGGGUAUAGAAUUAUCAAAGGAAUUGGAAGAGAACAGGAAGAAAGCCCAUGAUUUGAUGAAGCAGAGAGAAAAACUGGAUGAUAUAGAACAAAAGAAGCGUGAAAAGUUGGAGGAGCUUAAGAAGAAACAGGAAGAAUGUGACAAGAAGGCUGAAGCGAGUAAGUACGAGAGCGGCAAGAAGGGCGGCACCCGACGAAGGAGGCGUAGUUCAAGCUCCAGUUCCAGUGGUAGUUCUACUUCCAGUAGCAGUAGCGAGAACUCCGAGACGAACAGGCGCCUGAAGCGUCGGAGAGGACGCUCACGCUCGCCUGUGCUGCCCAGGAAGAAGUAGUGGCAUCACGGGAAGUACAGGGAAGCAAAUUACUUCGUGUUACAAUCUUCUCUGAGCCGUGCAGCCGGAGUAGUGGUUAGGCAGUGAAGCAAUGUCUGCAGAGAAAGUUCCAUUAAAAAUAAAAGUCGGCUUGAAAGUCUCAGAUGUUCUUAACUCUUAAAGGAUGAAGGGACAUAAGUGUCCCAUUAAAUACUACUUUUUGUCGGCCCUUACGACAAAGACAUUUGUGAAUGUUUUAUGAUAAUCCCUUUAGUGCGCGUUGACGAUAAUCUCUUGGAUUAAGACCCAAUACGACAAUCGUAGAGCCACCUUACGUGAUGUGAUGAGUGCCGCGUCAUAAAAUCCACAGUGGGCCAAUGAGGAAUAAUGUCUUAAAAGUCGUGGCAGGCCUUUAAAGGUUAAGAAUAUGCGUGCGUUUAAAAAUUUGAUUUAGAACUGAGCCACUUCGUGUUGAUGAGUGCUCCAUACAAGUACCGUGCUAUGAUUCAGUUUUAAUGGUGUCAUGAACCUUGAUAGAAGUUGGUAGAAGUUAAAAGUUCUCCGACUGGUCCAUUUGCUCCAAAAAAAGAUAAUUUGUUAGGACGUCAUCUCCUGUCAGUUAUUUUAAAAAAAUAAUGUUACUUUUUAAGUUUCUGAAUAAUGGGCGGCAGAUGAUGUCCUAACGAAGCGUCGCGGUAGUGCAAGAAGGUGCUUUGUCAACCGAGACACGAUCCCAUGUUUAAUGAAGUACGUGUGAGUGGUGAGUAGGAAAUUCAUCAAGUCCCGGAGAUUGUACCAUGAAUUUAAGUUUGUUCCAUGGUUCGUUUAGGGCAUCUUUUAGCGUAAGGUGUAGAAUUCAUGUUCUACGCUCGUAGGCUGUAAGGUCAUUGGUACAGAUUAUAUAUUGAUUAUCGUGAAUGAAGGAAUGUACAUCAGUUUGAAAAGCAAAAGAAUCCGUGAAGGUUAGAAGCGGCAAGUUUUCUCUUUAUCAGUUCGGUUUCUUUACUUAUUCCCUUCAUUAAUUUUCAAAAUGACACCUUCAUUGUGACGUCUAAUUUCUUUUGUUUGGAAUUAAGCAGUGGCUCAGGUUUAUUUGUAUUCUCUAAUGCAGUAAGAAGUGUGGACUAAUGACAAAACUCCUGAUUAUCUGGGCCACUUUAGGGGAGAAGACUCGUGAAUAAUUUAAAAACAGGAAUAAUCCAAAAUAUUCUGCUUGGUGCAUUCACAGAAACUCAGAAAUGUGUUCGCACGUUUGUGCUCUGUGUUAGACAAGAGUCGUGCACGGAUAAUCCGCAAACCAGAUAAGCUGCUCGUAGAUAAUUGGGAGUUUACCGUUCAUUAUUUGACUACAGAAAGAAAGAUGUUUGAAUGAAAAUAAAAUGGUAUAUAUAGCAGUGA